GGUUCUGAUUGCCAUGACCAGUCGUAAGGACGCUCGAGGGAUUUUCUCGCUUCUGAACGAAACCACAGGGGUGGACAUGCUAACCAGCCAGUAUCUUCAGGAGCUGGCGAAGCCUGAAGGGAAAGACACCACCAUGCUGGGGGACACAGCCAAAACCCUGAUCAACAAUUAUAUCAAAGAAGCAGGAAACCGAUGGCCCAGCUGGAGCAUGGGUAGACCAGAUUUUGGACAUUUGGCCCAAUCUAUGGGGGAACAGUUGCUUCGGCUCCACCAUCUCCUCUUCUACACUUUGCCCGGGACGCCCUUCACCGAUUACGGAGAUGAAAUUGGCCUACGGGACAUGCCGGGACAGCCCGCGACAUCCAACAUCACACGCAUGCAGUGGGACAACUCGGCCGAUUACGGAUUCUCCAGAGGGGGGCAACAGCUGGAUGAAGGCAGCAACGUCACCGUGCAGGCGCAGCAGGGCCACAAGGGCUCCGUCCUGAGCUUCUUCCAAGAGCUGAGCGAGCUUCGAACCAAGGAACGCUCCCUCCUGCACGGCGAAUUUCACCUGGUGGAAGGCUCGAACACGUCCGUCUUCUCCUACCUCCGGGUCUGGGACCAGAACAAGCGGUUCUUGGUGGCGCUCAACUUUGCCCCGCAAGAGAGAACCGUCUCCCUCCUCCACUCUCACCUCCCAGCCCAAGUAGAGGUGGAGCUGAGCACCCACCCCAGCCGGGAGAAGACGACGCUGGAUCUGCCGAACUUGAAGCUGCUCCCGUCGGAAGGGCUCCUUCUCAGCUUCCCCUACGUGGCCCCCUAGUCAGUCUUCUCCUGGGCCCCUUUUCCAGGAGAUGUGCCUUGAAUUCCUCAAAAGAAGACACUCCAGCUAAGGAUGUCUCUCCGGAACUUGCUAACAUUCUUCUUCUCUAUCCAACCAAGGAUGUCCCUCCAGAACUUG